AGAUAUCGUAGGGCUAGGUGUAUUCUGUCGUUUCUUAUCACUGGAAAGAAAAUGUAUUUAAGUGGUAAAUCGUGUAGGUAUGGUUCAUGGCCUUAUUUCGUAUAUUUUUCGGUCUUUAAAGUACAGUCUAACGAAUUCAUGAGUUGGGCUGGAGUCCUUUUCAUUACCGUUGUUUGCUAGGGCGUAUACGUAGGUACCAGAACUAGACUGAUACAUUAUUAGUGUAAAAUACAGAGGCCCAUUGCCACCUAGCGAUGGACCCUAUAAUUACAAACCUUUAUUCAUGACAUCUGUGUGUGUGUGAAAGGCAGCCAAAGAACGGCGAAAGCAGUGUUGUUGAAUUCCUACGUACUUAAUUACCCGUGCUUGCUAGGGUGUAAGUAGUACCAGUAGAAGACCGAUGAAUUAUCAGUGUAUAAAAAUAAAAUGUUGACGUUCAUUCCACCUAGGAGAUGGACCCUGCAAUUACAAAACUUGUUCAAACCACCCGCAAGUGUGAAAAGCAGCCGCCAAAGAGCGGCGAAAGCAGGACGAUCUAUAUUGCUAUACCAACACAGGGUAAACACUACGUCAUGCCUGGGCCGUUUCAAGCUACGUUGCCUUACGAUCCUUAUUUAUAAGGUUAGUUCUGGUUAGGCUCAAGCGAGUGACAGGUGGACCAAAAGGCAUCGAUUAAAAUAUAUAUCUUUAUUGUUCUGGCAAAGGCUGACAACGAGGUAACGUAGCGAGUAAGCGGGCCUUCCAGUAAUAAGAGAGGAAGAAGAAGCAGCAUUUCCUGGGGAGAUCCAACAGGCCCCAACGUAGGGAAAUGUUCACAGCCACAUGACCAAAUGACAGUGCAGAGCACUUGGAGGAAACAGGGCCAUAGAAUCUCAAGCACUAAGAUGUUAACUCCUUUGGCUUCUCAAAGAACUGCUCAUGAAGGAAACGCUAAAGGCUUAUCAUCGGCAACUUUAAUUUCGGUCCUGUUGUCUGUCAUACUUGUCAUGCACGAGCGCAGUACGCCAUGUACAAAAGCACUCCAACGUUCACAACAGGACAAGAGCUGGCAACUCGAUACUGGUGGAACAUCACGCAGCUGGCAGCGGCUGCAUCCCAAGAUAUCUUUCUUAUCGUGUACUCCUCCAUGGAUGGCACUGAUAAUGGCACAAAAAGCAUUGAGACUUACUGCCUGGAAAAUGAGAGGCGGCAUGUGACCAUGGAACUGAUCGAAGAAGGUUACGACAAGGAGAAACUCGCCUCGAACCCGAGCGAAGUUUUCUUCGACCUCCAGCUGACCCGGAAAGUUAUGGACAAGGUUCUCGUGGAAGACGAAAACAGGGACAUCCUUGAGAAGAUCAGGAAGAAGAUCAGGUGGCUGACCUACCAGCGAAACGAAGUCUGCCACGAAAUGCUCACCUCCCUCGAGCUGCUCAAUCUGAAAUUGAAACUGGGGACGCUGAAAGGUGUUCUCCGGCAACUUUAUAACCUGGCUUCCCAGUUUUCGAAAAUAAACAAGGAAACCACAGACGCAGCUUUAGAAUUCUUCUUGGAUGAGUUAGAUGUUCAUCGAUCAGUGACCACUGUAACUCAGUACAAGUCUCAAAGACGAUUCAGGCACAGACGUAAAAGGAAGUUUGUUGAAAGUGAAGAAGGCAGCUCUGAUGACGAUGAUGAUGAAGAAUCAGAAGAGAAAAACAGUAAUAAUUCUGAUGAUCAAUGGCCAGCUGGCAAGGACAGAAAUUCUUUUGCAUUGGAGAGUGAAAAUAAUUCUGAGUUAUCUGAUAUGGAAGAACCUAAGAUUGGUUCACAUGACCUGACACGUAACCUGCGCAAACGCAAUGAGUUUCAUUUGAACAACAAUAGAAAUAAGUAUGUCAUGGGUGCCCCUUGGGAAACGGGAGACCUGGACAUUUACAGUGUAGAAGAAAAUACACAAGGAAAUUCUGAGCACAAAACAACCUCUUAUACAAAUCCUUACACAGAUGGAACCUUUCAAGAAAUCUGGCGGGCACAAGGCUCAACCAUUUGCGUUCAAGUAGGACUCUACUGUUCGAGGGGAUGGCAAAAUCAAUUCGAAAAUUUUCAGACAGUUUUGCCAUCAGGUGAGCAAUUCAUGCUGUUCUGGCAACAGUGCCAGUGUGAGGAUCACUGUGCGAAAGACAAGCCACGUAGUAGUAAAGUCCAGUUCACUCCCCCGAAAAUAGAUAUCCGAACGCGUAGCAAAUCCCUGGGCAGAAAGGCGUCCCGAUACAUCCUGUACAGGCAGCGCCUGGGCAGAAGGAAGUAUAGAAUCAGGAGAGAAAAAUCAUCUCAGGCAAAGAGAAAUUUAUGGAACAUAUUGGACCAGACUGAGAUGUGUGUACCAGAAAUACAAAAGGGCGUGUUUGGGAACAAAUGGGAAGACAUAAUUCGAAGAGAAGAGGCCAUUGUGGCGAUUGAAAACUGGGACAUCUUGAUAGCAGAGGAGGAGUGGAACAACGAAAGAUGGAUUGACAUACAAGACCUUAAGGUUUCUUCCUCAGACAAAGAAGAGGAGAGUCAGACUACUGAAGAAUCUGCAAAGGAGCAGAGUAGUACUACACAUUACUCAGGAGGUUCCGACUUACUUUCCUCUGAAAUUCUAGAUUGUUGCAAAUUGAAAACAAAAAGGAUUUUCUUCACUUCCGCCUCUAUCAUCUUGCUCAUCUCUGUGUUGGCAAUCUCCUCUGGUAUGUUUGUUAUUGUGGCAGCAUUUCUUGUAGUCUCUCUCAUUGGAAAAGUCAUCACCGAACUCGUCAAUGUAAUGGCUGUCACUUUACUUCUGUGCAGUCUUGGAUGUGUUGCCUUUAUCACAUUUCUCAUUGUGAAGUUUCUGCUCGUGGUGCUAGUCUCGAUCAUAAAAAUAGCGUCAGUGUUUCUAUUCUUCAUCCGGUUUUGUGCAGUACUUGAACAGCGCUGUUCUGAGGCAGUGCAGAGGCUGAAUCGUCUGUCUCAGUAGUAGCUGUUCUGAGGCAGUGGUCUAUCUCAGCAGUAGCUGUUCUGAGGCAGUGGUCUAUCUCAGCAGUAGCUGUUCUGAGACAGUGAUCUUUCUCAGCAGUAGUUUUUCUGAGGCAGUGGUCUAUCUCAGCAGUAGCUGUUCUGAGACAGUGAUCUUUCUCAGCAGUAGUUGUUCUGAGGCAGUGGUCUAUCUCAGCAGUAGCUGUUCUGAGGCAGUGGUCUAUCUCAGCAGUAGCUAUUCUGAGACAGUGAUCUUUCUCAGCAGUAGUUGUUCUGAGGCGGUGGUCUAUCUCAGCAGUAGCUGCAUGUUAGCAUUUCUCUUUGAGGAUCUGUAGCACACUGUUUAUAAGCACUUGGUAGUUCAUUUUCAGUAAUUAAAUGUAAAUGAAGGACAAAAAAUCGUGACAUCUGUUUGUAGCUAUACUUAAUCAGAUGACUGCAAUUACCUCUAAAGCACCCAGACUGUCAGUUUUGACAGUAAAACAAGACCUUUUACAAGAUUUUCUACUUUCUAGAAUUGGAGGAUUAUUUUAUGUUCUAAUUUUAGACUUUUAUGCUUUAAGACAAGUCUUAGACAAAGUGUGUAGGCCUAAAACAAAUACCGGUCAAGUAAGCACGUAGAAAAUGACAGUAGUAUUGAAUAGAAUUUCCUUACUUUCUGACCCGUUUGAAUGGUAGUUUAUCAAUUUUCCAUUCCUGGACUUGGUCUUGGUAUCCUUCAUAAUCACAAGACGCUAUCCAAUACAACAGGGAAGGAGAACACCCAAAACAAACUGGCAUCACACAGCGUGCUUGCAAUUCAAGUGGGCUUAUUUGUUAUAGUGAUCAAAGUCAUUCGUUUUAAGAACUGAAGUUUUGCUCAAUUAAAUUAUAGCUUUUAAUGCAGAUUGGAAUGUAGUGGACUUUGUGUGUUUUACAGCACAUGUUUCAAGGAUUUACAUAGACUUAUAGAUUUUUCUUCAUAGACUUAUAGAUUUUUCUUCUCUCCGUGGAAGUACAGGGUGUCCAUAAAGUCCCCGUACCAUUACAACUAUUUAUUGCUCAGAAUGGUACGGGGACUUUAUGGACACCUUAUAUAAUCCUUGCCUCGCUUUCUGUCCAGAUGACUGACCGUCUCCCCGUUUUCAUUGUUAUCUGUGUUCCUGUCGACUCAGCUAUUUGUUUCUGUCAUAACGGUUCUUUGUCUGUCUCUCAUGCGCACAGCGUAGUCUCUGUCAGGUUGUCUGUAUGAUUUAGUCUGGAAUGUGUUCCCAUUGUAAAGUUCAGAACAAAGGUGCUUUCGUUAAGAUUCACUGUUUUGUUCACAAAUUUAAACAAAUCCGUAAUCACUAUAACUGUAAUUUUAUAUUUCAAUUGUCUCGAAUGUCUUCUCUAUACUUUAGGAAAAUUUAUUUCAGAUUUACUAAAUUUUAAAAAUAAUGACCAGAAAAUGAAGUUAUAGACAUCUUGCGACUUGCAUGGUUCCAAUCCAAUGUUCGGUUGUGUUUCCAGAGUCCUGCAACGAAAUUGUUCUUCUGAACAACAUUUUUAAUAGAAUUGCUCUUCAUCUCUCACUUAACUCUCAACUGAUGUUGCAAUGAGCAAGAUACUGUAUUUACCUGCUUGAUGAUUUUUAUUUAAUUUUUCAAGUGUAUCCAAUUGUAAUCCGUUAUUCAAUUCGCACAUUGUAGUACCAUGUGAGUGAUCAAUGAUAUAACUAAUGUACUACAUCUUUUACACUGCUUAUUUGGAAUAAUUCAGCACCAAGUUUCAGCCAUGGAAUUUUUCAUUUGAUGAAUAAAAAAUUCAAGUUUC